AACAGAUACGAACCGAUAAACCAAAAAACCGGGACCCCUCUUAAUCACCAACCCCACCACAUCCCUUUCACCACCGCACAUACCAAACUUCAUAAUCUCUUGCCUUCUACGUCAUUACUCAUUACACUUUCUAUACCCCUUUCUUAUCCCAAUUCACCGGCCGGCAACCGGAUAACAUGGCCAAGCUCGUUGUCGAAGUGUUAGACGCUGCGGACCUCAUGCCCAAAGACGGUCAAGGCUCCGCUAACCCCUUUGUUGAAGUCAAUUUUGACGGCCAAGUCCAACGAACCCAAACCAAAACCCGAGAUCUUUACCCCUCCUGGAACCAGACUCUAGUGUUUAACGUUCAAGAACCAAGGAAGGUUCAGUCUUCCAUUAUUGAAGUUUGUGUUUACAACGAUCGAAAACCAAACGAGACUAGAAACUUUUUGGGUCGUGUUCGGUUAACUGGGGCUAUGGUCCCGGAGUCAGAGGCUGAGGCUUCUGUUCAGAGAUACCCUCUGGAUAAACGAGGAUUGUUUUCGAAUAUUCGAGGGGAUAUCGCGCUUAGAAUAUUCCUGGCUCAUGGUCAGUUUUCGUCGGAUCAACCGCAGGUGCACGAACAACAGCCGCAGCAGCACCACCAGCGUCAUGAAAGUGCUAAACACGUGCCGAUAGUCGAACAAAUGAUGAAUACCAUGAAUACUGAUGCUUUCGCUUUUCAAGACGAGUACAACAAGUUCGAGGAAGUUAAAGAGAAACAACAUAACAACAAUAAAGAGAAACAGAAACAGAAAGAAGUCAGAACUUUUUUCUCUGUCGGCGCUGGCGGAGGUGGUGGUGGUCCCGGUCAUGGUGCAGGAUCGGGACCUUCACCUGCAGCUCCGCCUCCGGUUUCUGUUGAAACCAAAGCUAACUUCAUGAGGGCUGGACCAGCUCCAGCCAACAUGAUGCAUAUGCAAUUCCCGGGGCAAAAACCGCCUCCGAAUUUUGGGUUGGUGGAGACGCGGCCGCCUGUGGCGGCGCGUAUGGGCUACCGUGGCGCGGACAAGACCGCGACAACUUACGAUCUAGUGGAGCGGAUGCACUUUCUGUAUGUUAAUGUCGUAAAAGCCCGAGACCUCCCGGCGAUGGAUAUCACCGGGAGUCUGGACCCGUAUGUUGAAGUGAGGCUCGGAAACUAUAAGGGAGUGACAAAACACCAUGAGAAGAACGAAAACCCUGUUUGGAAUCAGGUUUUUGCGUUUUCUAAAGAAAGAUUGCAAUCUACCAUGCUUGAGGUGGUGGUAAAAGAUAAGGAUCUUGUAACGAAAGAUGAUUUCGUUGGGAAAAUUCGGUUCGAUGUAAUCGAUGUCCCUAUGCGUGUGCCGCCGGAUAGUCCGUUAGCUCCACAAUGGUACCGGUUGGAAGAUAAGUAUGGUAUGAAAGUAAGGGGCGAGAUCAUGCUCGCGGUUUGGAUGGGAACUCAGGCGGAUGAAGCGUUUCCGGGAGCGUGGCAUUCGGAUGCGCAUGGGGUUAGUCCGCACAAUCUAGCGAAUACGCGGUCGAAUGUGUAUUUUUCGCCAAAGUUGUUUUACUUGAGAAUUCAUGUUAUUGAAGCUCAAGAUCUGAUCCCGGUGGAUCGCAGUAGGCAACCGGAGUUUUAUGUUAAAAUAACCCUCCGGAACCAACUGCGAACCACUAGGACUUCCCAGGGACGCGGGUUGAACCCGUCCUGGCAGGAGGAGUUAAUGUUUGUUGCGUCAGAGCCGUUCGACGAGUUUCUUGUAAUCAGUGUGGAAGAUAGGUUGGGACCCGGAAAGGAUAUUUGUGUAGGGCGGACGAUGGUUCCGGUGAAGAAAAUCCCUCAUAGAGUCGACGCCACGAAGCUUCUAGAAGCUAUGUGGAUCGAUCUCGGAAGACCUUCCGAGUGGGAGGAAGAAGGGGAGAAGAAGAAGGAGAUGAGGUUUUCGAGUAAGAUUCAUGUUAGAUUAUGUUUAGAGGCUGGUUAUCAUGUUCUUGAUGAGGCCACACAUUUCAGUAGCGAUUUGCAAGCAUCGUCGAAGCAUUUAAGGAAACCGAGUAUUGGGAUUCUUGAACUCGGGAUCUUAAGCGCGCAGAAUCUGCCUCCUCUGAAGAUGAGGGAGGGUAAAUUGACGGACGCGUAUUGUGUUGCCAAGUACGGGAACAAAUGGGUUCGAACCCGCACACUGUUGAACACGCUAACGCCUCGUUGGAAUGAGCAGUACACUUGGGAAGUGUAUGACCCGUGUACGGUGGUCACUGUAGGAGUUUUCGACAAUUGUCAUAUAAACGACAAGGAAGAAUCGAGAGACCAGAGGAUCGGGAAGGUUAGGAUUCGUUUAUCGACACUGGAAACCGAUCGGAUUUACACUCACUACUACCCGUUGUUGGUUCUAACGCCUUCGGGUUUAAAGAAACACGGCGAGCUCCAUUUGGCUAUACGGUUCACUUGUGUCGCAUGGGUCAACAUGGUGGCGCAAUACGGCCGACCCCUGCUCCCAAAAAUGCACUAUGUCCAACCCAUAUCGGUUAAACACAUUGACUGGCUCCGCCACCAGGCAAUGCUGAUAGUGGCGUCUCGGCUCUCAAGAGCCGAGCCGCCACUCAAACGAGAAAACGUCGAGUACAUGCUCGACGUUGACUACCAUCUAUUCAGCCUGCGGAGGAGCAAAGCGAAUUUCUACCGCAUUAUGUCCCUCAUGUCCGGAAUCACAGCAGUUUUCCGCUGGCUCGAUGGGAUUUGUAUGUGGCGGAAUCCGUUAACCACGAUUCUCGUCCACGUCUUGUUCUUGAUACUCGUCUGCUACCCGGAGUUAAUCCUGCCCACAAUCUUCCUAUACCUCUUUGUAAUCGGGCUGUGGAACUACAGAUUCAGACCCCGAAACCCGUCCCAUAUGGACGCUAGAAUCUCGCAGGCAGAAAUGGUAAACCCGGACGAGUUAGAUGAGGAAUUCGACAGUUUUCCGACCCAACGGCCACCCGAAAUUGUGAGAAUGAGGUAUGACAGAAUGAGGAGUAUUGCAGGGAGAGUUCAGACAGUGGUUGGAGAUCUGGCAACUCAAGGGGAGAGAGCAAUGGCGUUGCUGAGCUGGCGCGACUCGCGGGCGACGUCUAUAUUUAUAAUAAUUGCAUUGGUGUGGGCUGUGUUUCUGUAUGUGACUCCGUUUCAGGUAGUGGCGGUGUUGUUCGGACUGUAUUGGUUGCGGCACCCGCGGUUUAGGAACCGGAUGCCGUCGGUGCCGGUUAACUUUUUCAAGAGACUGCCUGCAAAGUCCGAUAUGCUUCUUUGAUUUGAAUAUGAAUAUUGUUACAGUGUAAUUGUGAGCAGAAUAACUGCAGUAAAGUAGGUAUUGGUUUGGAUUCAUAACAUUGUACUCUGUAUAUUCUAACUUGGAAUAUCAGAUUAAUAAAUAAUUACAAGUUUUUUCCA